AUGUCGACAUCGAUACACUUGUCGAGGUUCCGGAAAUGGCUCCUUGCUUCGCCGCCAAUCGAGUUUGCCAUUGGGCAACUUCGGGACCUCUUGGUUGGAGCAAUCCGACAGGGUCCAGUUCCACAACACAUUGCGUUUGUCAUGGAUGGUAACCGGAGGUUUGCCCGAACGCACGGGAUUGAAACGGUGGAAGGACACAACAUGGGGUUUGAGGCUUUAGCAAGGAUUCUCGAAGUCUGUUACAAGAGCGGCGUUAAAGUGGUUACAAUCUACGCCUUCAGCAUCGAAAACUUCAAACGCUCCAAGUUCGAGGUGGAUGCAUUGAUGGAGAUGGCCAGGGUGAAGUUGUCGCAGAUGGCUCAGCAUGGCGAGAUCCUCGAUCGCUACGGGGCCAAGGUGCGGAUAUUGGGUCGGCUGGACUUGCUCAGGCCGGAUGUUCUCGCUGCAGUGAACCGGGCCGUGGAAAUGACCAGCAACAACGGUGACUGCGUAUUGAACAUCUGUUUCCCGUAUACGUCGCGCGAUGAGAUCACCACGGCUGUCCGAGAUACCGUGGCCGAGUACAGCCAGCCCCUUCCGUCGACUCGUCCGUCAUCUAUCUCCUCGAGGACACCCUUUUCCGAAUUCCACAUUACACAAAACAUUCGAGCACAGACGCAGGUUUCGAAAGGGGAAGAGGUACCGAGUGACUCGGAAGCGGCAUCAGAGUCAUCAGGAGACGGCGAAACGACGAAACACAAGACACCGAACGGAGUCUAUGAAAACGGAUCUUCGUUUUCUUCCUCGUCGACUCUCCACCUGGCCGGGCAACAAGAUGCUGCCAAUGGGAAAGUACCAGCAGCAGAGCCCGCCGUCGGGAAGGAGAGCCUUGUCUUUAUGUCCCCCGAGACGAUUACGCGCCAGACCUUGUCAGAGCAUUUAUUCACCCAUGACAAUCCUCCUCUAGAUCUGCUGGUCCGGACGUCUGGAGUUGAGCGUCUUAGUGACUUCAUGCUUUGGCAAUGCCACGAGGAUACGGAGAUUGUCUUCCUUGACGUCCUAUGGCCGGAAUUUGACCUUUGGCAGUUCCUGCCCGUGAUGCUGAGAUGGCAGCGUCGAAUCUCCAAGUCAAAGAAGAACCCGGAUGCGGAGGGCAACUUUGACGGCGAUACGUCUGACUCUGCGGAGGAAAGUAAUGGCAAGGUCAAAGACCUGUAG